CCUCUGUUGCAAUGAUGCGUUCGCCCUGGAAUGCUGGGGGUGGGGGGGUUUCCACGGGCUACUUUUACUCUGCAAUGUCACUUCCUGUUCAUUGGCUGUCCGUGUCACAUGACCCCCCUGCCUGACUCCACCCCCACGGUCAGCAGCUGAGUCCAGUUUUAGCCAGCGACUCUUCUGGUGUUGGGACCUGCUGCUGCAGUGAAGGCGGCAGGAUGGCGGAGCGAGCGGGCGGUGAGGAGGCGGGCGGCAUCAUGGCGCUGCUGGAGCGCGUGGCGGGUCUAAUGGACGGCGUGCAGGUCACGCAACAGCGCAUGGAGGAGCGGCAGCUGGAGCUGGAGAGCGCGGUGAGGAGCAUCCAGGCCGAGGUGGUCAAGCUGAGCGGCGAGCACGCCAACACGGGCGCCGCCGUCGGCCACCUCCUGGACAAGAGCCGCAAGAUCAGCCGCCACAUCAAGGACGUGCGGGUGCGAGUGGAGAACCAGAACCUGCGGGUGAAGAAGGUGGAGGCCACGCAGGGCCAGCUGCUGGCCAGGAACAAGUUCCGCGUGGUCAUCUACCAGGGAGACCAGGAGGUGAAGGCCUCCACCCCCGGAGCGGAGCCUGCAGGGGGCGCCGCGGGCAGCGUGGAGGCGGAGCAACUGCAGCCGCCGCCCGAGUCGGACGAGGAGUACAUGGUGGUGGAGGAGGCGGAGUCGUCGGCCGCCGCCCGCAUGAAGAGGUCCGGUCUGAGCCGCAUGGAGAGCCUCAAGGCCACGUUCUCCAGGGAGAACCUGGGAAGCAAAGUCAACCAGCUGGGCGAACGCAUCGUCCCCGCCGAGCGCCGCCAGAAGAUCCGGCAGUCGGGCGAGCGGCUGAAGGAGAGCAUCAGCGGCGUUCCCGCCAAACUCAGCCUGAAGAAGGAGCGGGCUGUGGCGGAGGGCCAGGAGGGCGCCGCCGCCCCCGUGCCCCCGCCCAAGGGCCGGCGGGCCGCCCAGCAGGGGGCGGAGUCGGAGGUGCAGGUGUACGACAUGAAGCAGCUGUCGUGAAGACACGGACUUGUGAGAGGUCAGCUGACCGUACGACGUAGGUGACGUCGUCACACUGAUGGACAAUUGUUUGUUUACGUCUAAGAGUUUCGCGUUGGUCUGCGCGGGCGGAUGGCGCUGCCGUCUGUCGGAACUGCAGCAAUUUAGCGCAAUUAAAGCCUCAAACCCCGUCUCAUUUCCGGGUUUCCAACCUCCGCAGCACCAGACCGCCGGGUCACACGCUCCCGGGUCAGAGCCGGGAGCCACGGUUCAGACAGACGGGGAGAGAGAGAGAGAGAGAGACGCUGGUCAGGACAGACU